AUGCUUCUUCUGUUGCUGCUGCUACAAAGCAAGGACAACUACCUGGUAAAGCUAUUCAGAACCCCAAGGAACAGUGCAAGGUCAUCUUCACUCAAGAAGGACUUGUUGAAGAAGAGGAUCAAGAAAGUCAUUGAAGAUUUUUGUUUACUGCUGAAUGAUGAAGAGAUUGUUGCUGCUGAGGCUCCUGGAGUCCAGAUUGAUCAACCAGAAGUGCCACCUACUGUCACACUUCACCAUCAAGGUCACAAGGAAGUGAUUCACAAGUUCAGAAGAGAUCUCAGUGGGAUUGGAAUUGAGUUGCCUCCUAUGGAUAGCAUGAGUGAGGCAUUUGAUCAAAUGCAAAUGGUCAAGGAUGUUCUAGCCAACAGUGAUAAAGUUUCAGAGGUCCUGAGAGUCUACUCAUCAGUUCAACCUGCUUACUUCACCCACUUUCCUACCAAAGGUCAAGGAUCAAGGGAAAUUCACUCUCCCUUGCACACUUGGGCAUCUUGA